AUAAAAAAAUAAUAUCGAGAGCAAUUUUUUUUUAUUUUUGAUCCAAAUUAAAGUGUAGGGGUGAUAAUGUAAAAAAUGGGAAACAUCAAGGACCCACUCUGCCUAAAGUUGACACUUGCGAGUGAGGGUUUACAAGCUACGCCAUUUCCCUCUCGAGCCGUCGCCGUCUCCGUCGCCAUUUUCAACUGUAAUCGAAAAUUUCCGAUUCUGAAAAAAAAAUGAAUUUCUUCAACUCAGCAGCAUCCUUGUGCAGAAGAGUUAGCUUGAGGGAGCUUAUCACCGAGGUUCCUGCUUACGGUGGCAGUGGCAUUUCCGAUGGUUCUUCAAGUGGGUUGAGUUUGGUCUUUAAGCGUUGGGCUACAAAGAAAACCGCUGGUUCCACCAAGAACGGCCGUGACUCUAAACCCAAGAAUCUCGGUGUCAAGAAGUUCGGAGGAGAGAACGUGAUACCGGGAAACAUAAUAGUUCGUCAACGUGGAACACGGUUUCAUCCAGGAGACUAUGUCGGGAUCGGGAAAGACCAUACGCUGUUUGCAUUGAAGGAAGGACGAGUCAGGUUCGAGAAGAACAAGAUCACUGGACGCAAAUGGAUUCAUGUUGAUCCCAAGGGAGGUCAUGUUCUUCACCCUAUCUACACUAGAGCUGCUGCCGCCAAGUCGACUAAGAUUGAGACAGCUUCGUCGUGAAAAGACAACGAUUCAACAAAUCUUAAGGUGUCUUCUUUUGUUAGAGCAUACGAUCUCUUUGAGUUGUGAUGGUGUCUUAGAACAGCAACGCUCAAUUCAAUAACAUCUGCUGUUUUAUGCAGAUGAUUGUCAAUUUUUUUUCUUUCUGAAGUGGUUUUUAUUCAAUA